UUUACGAAAUUCUGAUAUCAUGUUUUUCACGAAUUGAUAAGAUAUUCUGAUUUUAAUUGGCAAUUUUUUGCUAUAUAAGGAGCCUUGUGAAGUACAUCUGAAUAGAAGUGUUUUCUCCUGUAUGAACUGCAUUGAAAUAAUUCGUCGUCACAGAAACUUUCAUCAACAUGAAUUCGUUUGUAGCCGGUUUGGUAUUCCUUUUAUCAAUAACUUUUGUGUUCGCUGUUCCUGCAGCAGUAUCGUCAGAUACAGUGAAUAAAACUCGGCAAGCCUCAGACGGAUGCAAUGCCACCAAAGCAAUCCAACAAAUCAUCCUUUCGAUUGCGGCUGGUCAAAGAGUCAAAUUAACUGAAGAAGAUAAGUGUCAUGUGAACUGCUUCCUGAAAGCCGUUCGCUUUUUCGACGAAAACAGUGAUUUACGUGGUCAAGGACUCGUCAAUGCUACAUUGAGACAAUACCCAGAAGCGGCAAAAUACAGCGACGUUUUGAUCGCCAAAGUAUUUCAACUCUCCAGAUCGACCAAAGGUUACGAUGAUAAAUGUCAAAAAGCCUUCGUCGCUUUCCAUCAAUACGCCACGAGCAUAUUUGAAUUAGCAAUUGCCAGCGAUAUAGAGAAAGCAACCGGCGUUAAAAAUGAAAUCGUUGACUACGUUGAAAAUGGAAAACCAAUCUCUCAAGAUCUCGUCAAAAAACUCGAACUAUUGACAGGUGCUCUGGAUAAGAUCAGCACAUCGAUGGCACAAGAAUUACAGAAAGAAGUAGGUUUAAAGGGAAUUAGAAGUGGUGGAUAUUAAUUCAGCCUGAAUGCAGUGACUUUAUUAUGUAUAAUAUGUACAUACCUAUACGCAUAAAUUAGGUACUUUUUUAAGCAUUCGAUUGUUACCUACGUUUGUAAAUAAAAAUUCAAAUACGCGUAAA